AUGGUGUCGCCGUACGAUUUCACCUGGCCAGGUGGCGUAACCAUGCACGUCUCCCAGCUCGCUAGGGAACUGGGACGGUCCGGCCACGAAGUACAAGUGCUUGCCCCCCAUUCGCCGUCCCGCGAGUGCCAGGAUGGUGACCUUCUUGUGCCCCUUGGCCGCUCUGUGCCCCUUCCCAGCGGAGGCUCGAUCGCCCGCGUGUCGCUGUCGUGGUGGCUGGCCCGCAAGGUGAGGGCUCUGCUGGAAAGGGAAAAGUACGACAUCAUUCACCUUCACGAGCCCAUGGCUCCCAUCCUGCCCUUUGACCGUCCUCGAAUACUCAAACACGGUUAA